AUGUUGUCUGGUUGGAGCACAUCAGGAAGAUUGGCAUGUCCGUAUUGUAUGAAAAAUACUGAGGCUUUCACGUUGCCCGAGAGUGGUAAACAAUCCUGGUUUGAUUGUCACAGAAAGUUUUUACCUACAGGACACCAUUUCCGUCGGAACGUUACCGAAUUCCGAAAAGGCAAACAAGUAAGGCAUCAAUUUGGAGGUGUGAGGACUGGAGAUGAAGUGUUAGCAGAGGUGGACGGUCUGGGGUUUAAGAGGGCCUAUGAGAAUGAUGCUAAGGCUACGAAUGAUGAACUAUCUAAAGGCCGUGGUUGGAACCGAAAAAAUAUAUUUUGGGAUUUACCGUAUUGGAGGACAAAUACGAAAGAUACGGCAAAAUCUCGGGCAGAGUUGAAUAAAAUUUGUGAUCGUCCUGACCUGGCACAAGAUGAGGAAACUGGUAGAUAUCCAAAGGCUUUGUAUGCUUUGGACAGAGAUUUAAAAAAGAUUUUGUUAGAAUGGAUUCAAAAGUUAAAGUUUCCGGAUGGUUACGUGUCCAACUUGUCUAGGUGCGUUGAUUUAAACAGUUUAAAGAUGAUGGGCAUGAAAAGUCAUGAUUGUCAUGUCUUCAUGCAACGACUUUUGCCAAUUGCUCUUCGGGAGCUUCUUCCGGCAGAAGUGUGGGAGCCUUUAACAGAGUUGAGUAUAUUCUUCAGAGAGUUAACUGCCACAUCGCUGAAAAAGACGGAUCUUCAGAGAUUAGAGCUUGAUAUCCCGAAGAUACUGUGCAAGUUGGAACGUAUAUUUCCGCCGAGUUUUUUUGAUUCGAUGGAACAUCUCCCCGUACACCUUCCGUACGAAGCUAUGAUGGCAGGACCUGUUCAGUAUCGUUGGAUGUAUCCGUUUGAAAGAUACCUGAGAAAACUCAAAAAUAAGGUUUCGAAUAAAGGCAGAGUGGAAGGAAGCAUUAGCAGCGAAUAUCUACUGGAGGAAACAGCAAAAUUUGCAUCUUUUUAUUUCAAGGAUGGUGAUCUGAUGGUACCAUGUCGGGUGCAAAGAAAUGAAGUUUGCGAAAUGGACGUUGAUGAUGAUUUCGACAGAUUAUCUAUUUUCAAACCGAAAGGGCGACCUGUAGGUGCUUGUCGGAACAGAUAUAUGGAUGAUGCUGAAUAUGUUGCUGCCCGAAGCUACAUCUUUUUGAAUUGCCCUGAAAUCGAACCUUACAGAGAAGUUUUUGAAGGCGAGUUGUAUGAAUUCAACCCCGAAAUUACACAGACCGAAAUUGUAGUCAAGUUGGAGAGGGAAUUCGCCUUUUGGUUCGAGCAAUAUGUGAAAGACCCAACUGUCUGUACCAAUCCCUAUAUUCUAAGUCUUGCAAAAGGACCGCUUAGAUCGGUCAAAACAUUCAAGGGGUACUAUGUGAACGGGUUUAAAUUCAAUACUGAAGAAUAUGUGGAGGAUCGGGUUACAAUGAAUAGCGGAGUCUGUGUAAAAGGAUCACUCUACGGCCCAGCUGAAAGCGACUUUUAUGGAGUGUUGACUGACAUUAUUGAGUUAGAGUAUCCAGCUCUACCAAUAAAGAGGAUGGUUUUAUUUAAAUGUAAUUGGUUUGAUCCUACAAAAACGGUUGCUUUCCAAGAUGAUAUUGCAGAACAUCCGCUCGAUGUCAUAACGAAUGACGACCCGACAAAUUUAGUUGAUCCGAAUGGCGAGGCGGAGGAGGCUGCAUUACACAACCCUCCAAUAGUAGAGACAGAAGAUGAUUAUCCACUAUCCUCAUCAGACGAUGAUGACAUUGGAGCGGAAGAUGAAAUAGAAAUUGUAUGA